AUGACCCAAGAAAUAAAUCUGAAUUCCCUCAAGGAACUGGAGCGCGAGGUCAUUCUCCAAGUUCUGUACCGGGACCGGGAGGUCCAGAAUGUUGAGGAGGAGAGAAUAAGGAAGCUGAAGACACAUCUGCAGCACCUCCGUUGGAAAGGAGCCAAGAGCACAAGCCAAGAGCACAGGGAGCAGUCCUGUGCCCGGUGCCAGAGGGUGCUGGGGGUCCUGCUCAACCGGGGCGCCGUGUGCCGGGGCUGUAGCCACCGUGUGUGCGCCGAGUGCCGUGUGUUCCUGAGGAAGACCCGUGCCUGGAAGUGUACCGUGUGCUUUGAGGACAGAAAUGUGAAAAUAAAGAGUGGACAAUGGUUCUUUGAGGAACGAGCCAAGAAAUUUCCAAUGGAAGGAAACCACGAGACAGCUGGGGCAAAGCUCUUACAAUCUUAUCAGAAACUGAGCAAGAUUUCCGUGGUUCCUCCCACACCACCUCCCCACAGUGAAAACCAGUGUGAGAGGGCCUUUGGAUAUAAACUCAGCUCACCAGAUAUUCUGAAAUCUCUCCAUCAAGAGGAUCCCAAACACUCUCCGGGCCCUGUUUUGGAGCAAGAGGAUAGCCCAUCCAGCCCAGCAGCCCGGCCUUUGUUCUCUGAGGGCUUGAGACAUGAGAGUUUAAUUAGCAUCAACAGCACUUCCACAGAGAUGGGCAAUUUUGACAACACUAAUGUCACUGGGGAAAUCGAAUUUGCCCUUCGGUAUUGCUUCAGAACCCACUCUUUAGAAAUAACCAUCAAGGCCUGUAGAAGUCUUGCCUAUGGAGAGGAAAGGAAGAGGAAGUGCAACCCGUAUGUAAAGAUCUACCUGCUGCCUGACAGAUCUUCCCAGGGGAAACGCAAGACCAGAGUUCAAAAGAACACAGUGGACCCAACCUUCCAGGAGACCUUGAAGUACCAAGUGGACCCUGGACAGUUGGCAGCCCGGCAGCUGCAGGUGUCUGUGUGGCACCUGGGUGCCCUCACCCGGCGGGUGUUUCUUGGCGAGGUGCUUGUUCCUCUGGCCACGUGGGACUUUGGAGACAGUGCAACACAGGCCUUCUGGUACCCGCUCCAGCCUAAGGCAGAGAAGUGUGAAGACAGUAGGUCUGUCAACAAUGGAGAACUUGACAUCCGGGCUAAACUUGUCCUCCCUUCAGGACCCAGGCCGGACCAGGAGGCCGGAGAAGGAACAGAAGACCAGCCAUCACUCGAUGGUCAACUCUGUCUGGUAGUGCUGGGAGCCAGGAACUUACCUGUGAGGUCGGAUGGCACCUUAAACUCAUUUGUUAAGGGCUGUCUCACCCUGCCAGACCAACACAAAUUACGACUUAAGUCUCCAGUCCUGAAGAAACAAGCUUGUCCCCAGUGGAAACACUCCUUUGUCUUCAAUGGGGUCACGACUUCUCAACUCAAACAGUCCAGUUUGGAACUGACUGUUUGGGACCAGGCCAUCUUUGGUAUGAACGACCGCCUCCUGGGUGGAGCCAGACUUGGUUCAAAGGAAGAGCCAGCGGGAGGCACUGAUUCAUGCUCCCCAUUGAAGCUCCAAUGGCAGAAAGUCCUCUCCAGUCCGAAUUUGUGGACAGACAUGACACUCAUCUUACAUUGA